AUGGAUUCCCCAGCAAAAAAAAGGAAAAUAAGUGCGACGUCAGGAAUUCCUGUGGCACCAGAGAUUUCUCAACAUGAGCUGCAUCGGUCGAGACGACCCUCCUUCCAGUCUCCAACGAGGGCCAGUCUUGCACGAUCACAUCCCGAUGUAUUAGAGCGCGCAAUCAGCAGAUCUCCUGCCCGACGACUAGCAAGCAACGAUACUGGGCACCAAGAUCCUCGAAAAUUUGGAUUGCGCGACCGUAAAGCGCUCCGACCCUCGCUCAAUGCCUCUGCAAGUCCCCUCACCCGACCUCGAGGCUCUGAGGCGCCCGAAAGUUCGCCCAACAGGCGCUCAAGUGGCGUGCAAGCGUUCUCAAAGCCCCCGCGCAGGAUUUCAAGGAGGAUUCUCCCAGGAGAUUUUGUGUUUGGGUCCCCAAUGCCACAGCCAAAAAACCCCGAAUCGAAUACCCCAGAACGUCAAUUGGCAUUGGAACUGGGUAGCGCCACGAAAGAAGCAGAUAUGGAUAUGGGUCUGGACACUAAUUUCAUGGAUGAAGAUAUCCUCGAACCUGAUCUUCCCCCCACGCCAACACAACUAGGUUUAGAGAAGGCCCCGGAUCGACCUAGGGGGAUGUUGAGCAGCAGCCCCAGUAGACGACCGGAGAAACGAGUGAAACGACGAAUUGCUAAUGCAUUACACGAAAGCCCAUUGAAAGCAGUAAACUUCCAAUCCCCUCCACCGGAACACUUUGAGACAGUAUCAGACCUCGGUGCAGUGUCAGCGGCUGUUCGCGAGAAACGCAUUUCGCGCGAGAAGAGCGCGGCAGAUCUGCGACGGUUGAGAAGCGAAGUUGAAGAACUGGAAACAUGGGCAAAGAAAAUCGAGUCCAAUCCUGACUGGAAAAGUGAUAACAGAGGACUCGACAAAUUUCUGUCUUUACUCACAUCCGAAGAGGCGAAUCGUGCAAGUCUUCCAGUGCCCAAGACAGCUCCCAAAUCAAUAUCAUCACUCCUCGCUACUCUACUCCCGUUCGGUGCCAAUAUACCUCGCCCAAAACCUGAAUUAUCAUCACUACCAACAAAUCCAUUUGCUCUGCAAGAAGCCUCUCAAUCACUGCCAUACCUAACAGCCUUCGCACCUUUGACCCUCAAAGCCCGCACAAAUCGGUCGUCACGCAUCGACGAGCUGUCAGAAACACACACACUGACAUUUUCUCCCCCAUCUCCAUUCCCAGCCGGUUCAUACAAUGUGACUAUUGUCUAUGAGACAAAUCCCGAGACCCAGUCUUUAGUCUCUCUUUCAGUGCCCACUGGCAGCGACAGCAAGAAAAGAAAAGUCCCUGAAGCUCUUCGCCGAUGGAUUGAUGCCCGCUUAGAUAACCCUCUCUUGAAACUCGACGUGGCAACUCUAUGCUGGGGAAUCAACCGGUACUGGGAAUCUGCAAUCACUCGCGCCCGUUUAUGGGCACAUAUCGACCUGAAAUACAACCGCCGGGCCUCACAGGGCAGAAAUGAUACUGUUUCGGAAAGCAAGCACGGCGUUAUCACAUUUUCUGAACUGCGACGAUUGAUCCCACACUUAGAUCGGAAUAGCAUGGUCAUCAAGCCUAAACACUCUGACUCCAGUCCCCGAGUGCUUUUGUCAAAUACUUUGGUGUUGGAUGAAUGGACUGGAGAGCCUCAGCUGCGGCCUGAGAUUAGCGUGUCGAUCACUGGGGCAGAUAAGAAAAUCGAUCAGGAGACAAAGAAGCUUUUCCAUGCGUUGCUACGUGAGGAUGGGGCUUUGGGUCCACGAGGCGUGGAGGGCAGUAUUCAUGUUAAUGCGGUGGUAAGGGCAACUGAAGGUGCUCUUGGUGCUUUGUUCAGUGGUCUUUGA